AUGGAGGUCGACACGGCCGCCGCCAUGAAACGCUUCCAGGACACCGUGCGCGACGCCCUUCAGCAGAGGCAGAGCGACGGCGGUAUCGUUGGGCAGGUGCUGAAGCAGCUUCCCAUGCAGGAUUUCGUGGAUCUCUUCGACACCCUCCCGCCGGGCAGUGACGAAAUUGUGGCGCUGACGGAGGUUCUGGAGAAGGUCGAAAAGGAGAACUUCGACCGCAUCAUCAUCGACACGGCGCCGACAGGUCACGCCGUGCGCCUCCUGACGUACCCUGACUUUCUAGAGCGACUCGCUGAACGCGUGGCCAGGCUGCGUGAGCGAUUUGGCUGGCUUUCUGGCGACAGCAAAGGUCCGGAUCAGGUGAGAUCCUUUCAGUUCCGCAUGAUCGAGCUCCAGGAGCUCUUCACCGACCCGGACCGGAGCUCCUUUUCCGUGGUGACCAUCCCAACGACCUUGGCAUUGGCGGAGACCAAGCGUCUGCUAGUGCAGCUGGAGGAACAGGACAUCCGCUGCGGUCUGGUCAUCGCCAACCGCAUCUUGGACAUUGAGCAGGUGGGGCAGAUGGCAGCGAGCCAACAGAAGACUCAGCAGGUGGCUCUCGAGGCCUUGGAAUCCCUCGCCAAGAGGGAAGGAUUGGAG